AUGGAGAGCCUCGCCGCGGCCGUGUCUGACCAACGCUGCGAGGUGCAGUUCAAGCGGAUGACGGCCGGGAAGGAGCCGGUAAAGUCUGGGGCCGCGCUGGCGGAGGUCCAGACGCUCCUCGCCGAGUCCCGCGGCGAGGAUAGCGUGCUGCUGAUGGACGAGACAUUGCUGGCGCCCUUCGCACAGCGCAUCUUGGAGCAAGCGCCCGCGUACCUGCAGAGUGACUGGUUCCACCUCUUCCCUCCCAGCUGGCAGCCAUCCCCACUCUGUUUGAUCUUGGGAGGUGUCGGCGCCAGAUCUGACCUGCAUGCAGACCCUCUGGCUUGGACAGGCUGGAACUGCUUGCUUCGCGGCCGCAAGCUCUGGCGCUUCUUCCCCGCGGGCCGGAGCGCUUGCGAUGCUGAGCCUCGCUUCGGCGCGGUGCCGCGGCCCUUCGGGGUGGGCCGCGGGGAGCUGUGCGCCAUCGGCUGCGGGCGCGGCAGCGCCAAGGACAGCUUUCAGGAGGACCUGGGCCCGUGCUUGGAGUAUCUGCAGCAGCCCGGGGAGACCUUGAUCUUCCCGGGGCACUGGUGGCACCAAACGUACCACCUGACAACCACCGAGGGCUUUGCGGGGCAGCUGCUGAAUGGUCAAAACCUGCGGCGGGUUAUGGAGCACAUUGUCAGCUGGUGCCACUUGGAGGUAGAAGAGGAGAUCUGGCAAAGGCCGCACCAGGAGGUGAUCGCCCAGGUACUGAGCGAGGCCGUCGACUCGAUGUAA